CUCUUCACAAAUUUCUUCUAUUUAUAUUUCCUCCAUAACUCACUCCUAAACAAUCAUAUCAUCAGUUAUCUAGAUAAUCUUCAUCUAAACAUAAAAGUCACUUUCCCCUGCUAGAUUCUCGCUAGUACAAUCAUAGAAUCCGAGUUUUUGUGGGUUGCAUUGUUGUGAGAAGAUGAGAAGAGUUGGUGGUGAUGUUUUGAACGUGGAUUUGGCUGCUGCAGUGAACAACCUCUUCAAUCUUCCUGAAACUAUGGAGAAGUUCAUGUUUCCUUCUUCUCGUGCUCAUGAUCACCACCAUGAAACCAGAGGGGUCUCUAGCAUCAUUCCAGUGGACAUUUUGGACACUCCCAAGGAGUAUACAUUCUUUAUGGAUGUUCCUGGUCUCUCCAAGUCUGAAAUUCAGGUGACGGUUGAAGAUGAGAACACACUUGUUAUAAGAAGCAAUGGGAAGAGGAAGCGUCAAGAUGGAGAGGAUGAAGGGUGCAAGUAUCUUAGGUUGGAGAGGAGAGGGCCUCAGAAUUUGCAGAGGAAGUUUCGUUUGCCUGAGAAUGCUAAUGUGUCAGCCAUUACAGCUAAAUGCGAAAAUGGGGUUCUCACUGUGGUUGUUGAGAAGCAUCCUCCUCCCCAAAAAUCAAAAACUGUUGAAGUUGCCAUUGCUUGAGCACCCAUGAUUUUUUUAGUUUAGUUUGCUUUUGUUGUUGGCUUGGCAGCUAAUAUUAAUUGGCAAUGUAAAAAGUGUUUAUAGUAUGUAUGUGCUUUUGAAUAUGAAAUUUGAUUAAUGACAGUUCACUUCUCUCUCUUUUUUCUA